UUACUAUCUUGAAAGCCUUGGAAUGCAAGCACUGUAACCAAAAUUUUCCAUUGCCACCAUCUUUGAAAUGAUAAGUCAGCUCUCACACAAUAGUAUUUAAUCCCAACCAGACAUGUGGUUCUUCCACAUUAGGGAACAUGGCAACUUAUGUGCAAUAUUUCUGGGGCCUAUCCUUAUCAAUUUCACUUUGUUUUAUUCACUCAAUAUCCAUAUCUCAUUAUAUGUUUGUUUUUGCAGGUGUACAUUGUUUAUCUAGGGCUGAACCGAUUUCAUGAUCCUAUUGUUACUUCAAACUCUCAUAUUCAACUCCUCUCUAAUGUCUUUGCAAGUGAAGAAGAAGCUAAACAGUCUUUGCUCUAUAGCUACAAGCACAGCUUCUCAGGCUUUUCAGCAAUGCUCAAUUCAACCCAAGCAGCCACCUUGGCCAAGAUAAAAGAAGUAAUAUCAGUAUUUAGGAGCAAGUCACUAGAGUUGCACACUACCAGAAGCUGGGACUUCUUGGGCCUUACCAUGGACAGCACUACCGCAGCAACUCCACUGCAAUUGAGCUAUGGCGAUGACGUUGUCGUUGGGAUCUUUGAUACAGGCAUAUGGCCAGAAUCUGACAGCUUCAAGGAAGAGCCACACCUGCGGCCAAUUCCACCAACUUGGAAGGGACAAUGUGUUGAAGGAGAAGGUUUUGAACCCAGAAAAGCAUGCAACAGGAAGUUAAUUGGUGCACGUUACUACCUCAAAGGAUUCGAACAGCAGUUCGGACCUUUGAAUACGAGAGGUGGCAACUCAGAAUAUCGAUCUGCUCGAGACUUCCUUGGUCACGGAACACAUAUAGCUUCAACAGCAGUUGGAUCCACUAUAAGAAACGCAAGCUUCUUUGGUUUUGGGAAAGGCAAUGCUAGAGGUGGAGCUCCUAGAGCUAGAUUAGCAGUGUACAAGAUCUGCUGGAGCAAGAAUUUUGAUGGGAAAUGCGCAGAAUCUGAUAUUCUUGCUGCUUUUGAUGAUGCAUUGAGAGAUGGUGUUAAUAUUAUCUCUGCGUCAUUCGGUGCACCACCUCCAUUGGCUCCAUUCUUUGCUUCGAGUUCUGAUAUAGGAGCAUUUCAUGCAAUGCAAUUUGGUGUUAAUGUGGUGUUCUCAGCUGGAAAUGAUGGUCCUAAUCCUUCUCUAGUGGGAAAUGUUUCGCCUUGGAGUAUAUGUGUUGCUGCUUCUACUACUGAUCGAACAUUUCCUGCUCAGAUUGUUCUUGACAGUAACUUAUCUAUAAUGGGAGAGAGCUUCAUAACCAGAGAGAUCAAAGGAAAAUUGGCAAAUGCAGUGAUGUAUUUUACUAAUGGAAUUUGUAUGAUGGAGAAUUGGACCAAAAGAUUAGCGACAGGAAAGGUUAUUCUUUGCUUCUCAAAUAUAGGGCCAGUUCCAUUAAGUGGAAUUGCACAAGUAGCAGUGAAGACAGCCAAUGGAUCAGGUUUGAUCUUUGUUGAACCUCCUACCAACCAGAUUGCGGAUAUAGAUAUCAUCCCCACCGUCCGUGUUGACAUUAGCCAAGGCACUCAAAUUCUAAACUAUCUUGCUCAGUUGCCCAAGCUUUCUGUAGUGAGGAUAUUACCAAGUAGAACAGUAAUUGGCAAGUCACCAGCCCCUGUAGUAGCACCAUUCUCUUCUAGAGGUCCAAGCUCCAUUUCACCAGACUUUCUAAAGCCAGACUUAACUGCUCCUGGAAUUAAUAUUCUAGCAGCAUGGCCUCCAAAGACUCCUCCAACACUGUUACCAAGCGACGACCGGUUUGUGGAGUGGAAUUUCCAGUCAGGAACAUCAAUGUCUAGCCCUCAUGUGUCAGGAGUCGCUGCACUUAUUAAAUCUGCCCAUCCCCACUGGUCUCCGGCAGCCAUUAGAUCUGCUUUAAUGACCACUGCAACCACAAAGGACACAGCCCUUGAUAGUAUUCUGGUUGGUGGAUCAAUGGAAGUUUCAGAUCCUUUUGAUAUGGGUUCUGGCCACAUAAACCCAUUAAAAGCAAUGGAUCCAGGUCUGGUUUACGACAUGAAAACCAGAGACUACAUUGUCUUCCUCUGCAAUAUCGGCUACACCCAAGAACAAAUAAAGAUGAUGAUUCUUCCUUCUCCUGGAACUGACUCAAUAAGCUGCUCUAACAUACCUAAAACCAACAUGAACUUAAACUACCCGUCAAUCACAGUCUCUGAUCUGCAAUCCUCUACUACGAUCAAGAGGACUGUUAGAAACGUGGGUUCAAAGAAGAAUGCUAUAUACUUUGUUAGGGUUGCUAAGCCUAAUGGAGUGGAGGUAGUGAUCUGGCCUAGGGUUCUCAUUUUCUCAUGCUUUAAGGAGGAAGUUUCAUACUAUGUGACACUUAAGCCAUUGAAGAAAUCUCAAGGGAGAUAUGAUUUUGGAGAGAUAGUGUGGUCAGAUGGACUUCAUGAUGUUAGGAGUCCAUUGGUUGUGUUAGUGAACAAUUGUGGUGGUGAUGAUUUUGCGUUUGUCUCAAACAUUUGAAGGGAUCUUUAAAUGCUUAUGGAUCAACUUUUUUUGAGUGUUAUAUGUGUAAGCCUAGAAAAUAAUUUUCAUGAUCUUUCUUCUCUUAUCUUUGAUAUUGCGAUUCAAUAAAAUCCCUU